GGAUACUAUGUAGUUUGUGGUCGAGUGUCGCGCGCGUCGACUGCUAGUGACACUAACAGACUGAGCCAGUUUGAGAACUUGUUCAGAGCCCCCCCAGUUUUAAUAAAAAUUGAGUAAAAUCAACACUCCACUUCGCUGCUUCAUAUCACCGACCAUCCCCAUUUCCCAAAUAGUUCAUCCCAAUGCUGUACAUCAUCAGGAGAGUCUGUUGCCGGCAGGCUCAUUAUUGGCUUGGCAGACCCAGCGCUCCCUACACACAGACCAGAGGUGUGAUGAGCGGUCCUGCUACAGGGCUCAGGAAGGGCCAUGGGUACACCCCAAGGAGAGCAGUGCUGUACGUUCCAGGCAGUGAUGAACGCAAGCUGGCCAAGCUCUCUGGAUUGACGGUGGAUUGUGCCGUCAUGGACUGUGAGGACGGAGUGGCAUCCAACAGAAAGGAUGUUGCAAGAGAGACAAUCAGGAAGAGCCUGGAGUCCUUGCAUCUUCCCACCGUUGGGGAUGUGGCCGUCCGCAUAAAUGCUGUGGACAGUGGGCUAGCUGAGGAGGACUUAAAGGAGGUGCUGCAAGCCGAGCGGCUCCCUGAUACACUCAUGCUGCCCAAGGUGGAGUCAGAGGGCCACUUGCAGUGGCUUGCAGACAAGCUCAGUGCCCACUUUGGCUCGAAGCCACCCGCGUCCCCCAUCAAACUAGUCAUCUUUGUGGAAAGUGCCAUCGGCCUGCUGAGACUAGCCAAUAUAUGCGAGGAGGGUCAAAGGUUAUCACGGACAACCCCAUUCUUCACUUUAGAAGGGGUGGUGUUUGGAUCGGAUGACUUCUGUGCCGACAUAGGUGCAACAAGAACACCGGAAGCUACCGAGCUGAUGUAUGCAAGACAGAAGGUCGUCACCAUCGCCAAGGCCUACCGACUGCAAGCAAUUGAUCUGGUUCACAUCGACUACAAAGAUCUGGAAUCUCUGGAGAGGCAGUCACUGGAGGGAGCCCGCAUGGGAUUUACAGGCAAGCAGGUGAUCCACCCAAACCAAAUCCCAGUUGUGCAGAAGGCCUUCAGCCCCUCCCCCGAGAAAAUGGAAUGGGCCAGGGCUCUCAUAGAAGCCUUUGAAGAGCACCAGCAUUCAGGCAAGGGAGCCUUCACUUUUCGGGAUAGUAUGAUUGACAUGCCUCUGGUUCUGCAAGCCAGAAACAUUCUGAAGAUGGCUACCGUCAUGAAAGAACAGCCGCAGUGAGUUAUGGCCCGACUGGGGGAAAAAACUGCCAGUUUUAUGUUGUGUCUGCCUUUCAAGAUAGCUGUUUUAGCUGCAAAUACCACAUCAUUUCGGAAGAGGUGGUGAUUGGAACGGUGCAUGGCUUCCGUGGAUAAAGCACACUGUACCUCCUCUGCACACACUGGUAUGUUACAGCUCUGAGGGAUAUUAGGGCUGCUGCUUUGUGCUGUUAAAGGAUGAACAAUGCUUGUGAGCCCAGUGCUUGACUCCCGGCAUGGUGGGUUCAGUUGGUUUACAAAAUGAAGACAAAUUACCAGCAUUACACGAACAUGUAGCAUGACAUAUACAGCAGAGACAACAGACGUUGAUGUGAGUGGAGAGGUCUUGACUGCAAGCUUGAGACACCAGCUAGAGCUCUUGCAGGAUUUCACGACAGGAUGUAGGGUUCCACCCUUCACAACACAGAGGCCCAGUACAUGUAAUUCUGAUGCAAAUUACAGCCAGAUGAACUUCAAGUAUUGGAUUUGAAUGAACAUCAGCAGUAAGGAAAGCAUCGUUGUGCUUAAUGUAGGAUAUCUAGUGUGCCUAAUACAGGUUUUGUUGCUAGACGACUGCACCUUGUCUAGUUCAGAGAGUAACGAAUCCCUGAUUAUUUUUAUGCCUGGUGCAUGGCUUGCACGGACAGAAUUGGAGAUAUGCAUUGUUUAUUGGAUCUAAGAUUUGGGAUUGAUUACUCAUGGUUGUAUCACACCAUGGCUGGAAUGCUGAAAGAAGAUUUUUCUUGUUACUUGUUGGUAUUCACUCACUGGUUUAUUGAAUUAAACCUGUCCGUACAUUGUGAUACAGAGCGUAUUUUUGUCACAAAUAUUUACAUGUACAUGAUGCGUUAAACAGUAUCAGUAGUAAUGCAUAAUUUACGACCUAUUGUCGGUGACCCCUGUGGCCUUGAUAUAGACCAGUGAUUUCCAUCCGAGUACAAACUUAAUUUGGAGGUCCCUCACUCAAAACUGGUGAUAGAGCUUCAAACAAGGUUCUUGAUAGAUUUCUGUAUCAAAGGGAUAUUUGGUCAGUACUAAAAGGUCAUUACAGCAUAAAUGACAUUUUUAAAAAUAUUCUUAGGGCCUUAAUGUCAGGAUCAAUGAAAUGUUUUAUUGAAAGAGACUACAUUCAUUGCACUCGUAUUUCUUAAACUACAGUAGUUUUCUGGGGCCAAUUUAUUUAAAUUUCAGCUAGUUUUCUUGUCCCACUUCAUUUUUAAAGAGCAACUCCAAGGAAAACAUGUU